CCACAUCCCAUACAUCUUCUUCACAAUUCUGAUAAUUACUUCGGCAUACACUCAUCACUCUCUCAAGUUAACUUAUACCCAAGUAUUCAAUCACGUAUACCCUCAGUAUCAAAGAUGGCUGCUACCCGUACCUACUUCGCAAGAUACCCUCACGUCUGGCAUGACCGUUCCACUCGUCCGAGACUCACAACCAUGAGUCUCGAGACGAUAGAAGAGUCUCUUGGAGAAGUCAGCGAGGCCCCUGCCCCUAACGAGGUCAAGAACAUGCUCCAAUCAGCCUCCAGGGCGGAAGCCAUCACCAAGGCCCUAUUCGAGCAGGUAUACGCUCCCAACAAGCCUGGAGAGAAGGAAAAGGGCCCCUCUACCACCUGGACACCUACUACAGCCGGCUGCAUAGACUGCAACACCUCCCCUUCCCCCAGCCACAACCACAACAACAACAUCGGCUGGACCUCCUUUGAAGACAUCACCCUAGACGCCCGCACCCUUGCAAAAUACGGCAUCCGCAGCCCCCGCGUCAAAUCCCGACGGUCCCGCUUCCACUACGCCUACCACGAAGAGGAGCCACUCACCCGCAACGAGCCCUGGGUCAAGAGGUUCUCGUACCUCGAAGACGGAAUCGAGGCCUCGAGGAGAUUUCAGAGACGUGAGGACAUGGUUGUUGAUCUCGACAACGUCGACGUCAACGGCCUUCCAGUUGAAGGGGAAAUUGAGGAGUUGGUUCUCCCGCCGCCUGUGCUGCCACUGCCGCAGACACCAGCGCCGGUGGUUGCCCCACGCCUUGAGGAGGAGUUCAAGCAGUGGCCUAUGGACGUCAGCACCGCCACGAAUGAGGGUGAGGAUGAGAGUGAGGUUGAGUGUGAGAUUACUUCGGAGGAUCAUCUCUGCCUCUUCUGUCCCUCCGUCAUUGAGUCUGAAAGAGAUGAAGACUCAGAGUACAGCGAGGCGGACGAGCAAAUUCGGCGGGAGCUGGAUGCGGUUAAUUGGAAUUUCGAGAAGUGGGCUCUCGGCGAUAGUGAUUCCGACGCGGACGGCGAGGAGCUUCGGCGAGAAUUGGAUGCGGUGAAUUGGGAUUUCGAGAAGUGGGCUUUCGGCGAUUACAGUUCCGAUACAGACAGCGAGGAGUCUCCCACCUCUCCUGCCGCUGCUCCCGACACUCCUGCCGAGCGGUGCAGAGGAGUAGUCGCUGGAGUGGAGAUGGAGGGAAGAGAGCAGGUGGAGGAGGAGGAGGAGGAGGAGGAGGAAUCGCUCCUCAGUGAGGUUCUAGUGGCGAAUCUUGUGGGAAUCUCCAUUUCCUUGCUGCUCAUGUCCAUCGUGUUCGGACUCUUGCCGGGAUCGCAGUGA